AUUUGAGGUUAGGUCAAUUUCCUGUGUCAAAAGUGACGUGCACAAUAGAUGUGAAUUAAAGAACAAAAUUGCAUCAGAAUUUAAUUGUGAAUUAACUGAAACAGGUGUUUAGUCAAUAUCUUGAGAUUUUAGUGAACUCAAAAUGUCUGGUGACAGCGGAAAUCCAAUUUACACAUCUGAGAAAACCGGAAACGACGAUUCCGGUCUCGGCACCGAAGACAAGCCCUUUCAAACGAUCCUUCGAGCUAUGCGUCACGCUGGGGCCGAACCAUUUCCCGUAAUCUACGUUGACGGCAAAGAAGGCACCAAAUAUGAACCCGCCUCCAAAUCACAAUUGAAAAAAAUCCAAAAAAUAUGGCUCCGAGAGACUUACAAACAAUCAAGUGUCGCCAAACGCGAGGAAGAAGACGCCGCAAAACGCGAAAAAAAUCUCGAAGAAGCGACAAAAAUCACACUAACUGAAGACAAAUCCUUGCCGGCGGCCAAAUUGAUCAAAAUCGCCAAAGGCAAAGAGUUCAGAGAUCAAAGAGUGAAGAUUUACGGAUGGGUGCACAGGCUGCGCCGACAGGGGAAAAACCUGAUGUUUAUCACGUUGAGGGAUGGGACGGGAUUUUUGCAAAGUGUACUCACUGAUAAGCUUUGUCAAACUUAUAACGCACUUGUUUUAUCGACCGAGUCGUCGGUUUUGCUUUAUGGUAGUUUGAAAAAAGUACCAGAGGGUAAAACAGCGCCAGGUGGGCAUGAGUUGGCUGUGGACUACUGGGAAUUGGUGGGGUUAGCGCCACCUGGCGGCGCCGACUCGAUACUAAACGAGCAGGCUUUGCCAGACGUUCAGGCCGAAAAUCGCCACAUUAUGAUAAGGGGCGAAAACACCUCAAAAAUUUUGCGAAUGCGAUCAGUCCUUCUACAGGCGUUCAGGGACCACUAUUUGGAUCGCGGUUACUGUGAAGUAACACCGCCAUCUAUCGUCCAAACUCAAUGUGAAGGGGGCUCGACUUUAUUCAAAAUGGACUAUUUUGGUGAGGAGGCCUACUUGACCCAGAGCUCGCAGCUGUACUUGGAGACGUGUUUGCCCUCCAUGGGGGACGUUUUUUGCAUUGCGGAGAGUUUUAGGGCUGAGCAGAGCCGCACUAGGCGGCAUUUGGCCGAAUACACACAUGUGGAGGCCGAAUGCCCUUUCAUUUCCUUCAAUGAUUUGUUGGACCGUCUCGAGGACCUUAUUUGUGAUGUUGUUGACCGCGUUUUGAAGUCUCCUUAUGGAGAUAUUGUCCAUGAACUGAACCCAGACUUUCAAGUACCGACACGACCAUUCCUCCGAAUGAACUAUUCCGAUGCCAUCGACUACCUCAAGAAGAAUAAUAUCACAAAGGAGGAUGGCAGUUUUUACGAAUUUGGGGAGGAUAUUCCUGAAAUGCCUGAACGAAAAAUGACCGACCAGAUCAACAAACCCAUUAUGUUGUGCCGUUUUCCGGCAAAUAUUAAAUCGUUUUACAUGUCCAAAUGCCCAGAGGAUGCGCGUUUGACUGAAAGUGUGGACGUUUUGUUGCCGAAUGUUGGCGAAAUUGUUGGAGGGUCGAUGAGGAUACACAAUUUGGAGGAACUUAUGGAUGGGUAUAAACGGGAAGGCAUAGACCCGACCCCGUACUUCUGGUACACGGACCAGAGAAAGUACGGGACGUGCCCCCAUGGGGGCUACGGCCUCGGAUUGGAGCGGUUUGUCUGUUGGUUGUUGAACAGAUACCACAUUAGAGAGGUGUGUCUCUACCCCCGGUACUUGCACCACUGUAAACCCUAAGCAUAUAUUUACAUUUAACAUGCAUUUAAAUUGUCCUAAGCUUGUUUAAGUGAAAUAAAGGCCAAUAAAAACGAAAA